AUGGGUAAUUCUGGUUCGAAACAGCAUGCUAAACGCAGUGGCAAGAAAGAUGACCACGAUGGCGACAAGAAGAAAACACUGGAGUUGCCACCACUGACAAAGUCUGAUACUACACAUUCGUUGAAAUCGUCGAGGUCGCUUAGAUCGCUGCGGCCGAGGCGCUCAGAGGCGUCGUUAGCAUCGAAUGUUCAAGCUCAAACACAACCUCUCUCCCGAAAAUCUUCCACUCUUGGAAACGGCAAUCGCAGCCGGAGACAGUCCAGCAAUGCUCCAGCCACCCCUCCUAAUAACCAGCAUCUAACCUCAGUGCCCAGUUCGUCAAGAAGGCUCCCUUCUUCGAGAAGAUCGAGCAUGGGGAAUAAUAACAAUUCUGAGUUACCUCCGUCGAUGAUUCAGAUGGAACCUAAAUCUCCAAUUUUAAAGAACAGAACAAGCAUGCAGUCCACGAGCUCAUUCACCUCUUAUGAAAAUGCAUUAACCGAUGAUGAUGACGAUGAUCAUAAUGGUGAUGGCCACGGCGAAAACCCCGCAAUGACCAAAGUCACUCGCAUCAGCACCAGUUCUUCCGCGGAUAAAAGCUAUAAGCAUGCACCCUCAAGGCGUCAUAACUCAUUACAACCAGAGAAGGGUAGGCCAGGAUCUUCUUCCUCUUCAUCAAAAUUGCGCAGAAGAUCUGACAAUACAUUACCGUUAAGCUAUUCUUCGAACACGGGAUCCAGUGGCGACAGCGGUGCACUUUCUGCAAAUAGAUCGAGCUCGCAUGCUUCAUCCAGGAAAUCCUCCUUCGGCUCCACGGGCAACACAGUUUACAGCACACCAUUGCAUUCACCUGCACUGAGAAAAACGACCUCUCGGGAUAACGACAAUAACAAAGACGAUGUUGACGAUAAACAUUCUUCACCCAUCCCUAAUCUAAACAUAGACAAGCCUUCGUCGUCGUCGUCGUCGUCGCUGUCUACGUCAAGAAGAGAAUAUUUGAGUGCAUACCCGACGCUUGUACAGAGAGACUCGUCUUCCUCACUCAGUUCGCGGGGCAAGGGACAGCGGUCGUCUUCUUCAUCUAGCACCGGUCAAAGAAUAUAUGUGUCACCACCAUCUCCCUCCGAUGGUUUUGUACGUGGGGGCUCUGUAAAUGGUGACUAUGAAUCCAUGACAAAUACCCUAGUGGAAAUGAAAAAGAAAAAACCAAUUCGUCCGAUUGACAUAGAUGAAAUCAUCCAAAAACUACUGGAUGCCGGUUAUGCCGCGAAGAGAACCAAGAAUGUUUGUUUGAAAAAUUCUGAAAUUAUUCAAAUUUGUCACAAAGCUCGUGAGUUAUUCCUUACUCAGCCCGCCCUCUUAGAACUGUCUCCCUCGGUGAAAAUAGUAGGUGACGUUCACGGUCAAUACGCUGACCUUUUGAGACUUUUCACUAAAUGCGGAUUUCCGCCCAUGGCUAACUAUUUAUUUCUGGGUGACUACGUGGACCGUGGUAAGCAAUCGCUGGAGACUAUCUUACUGUUACUAUGCUAUAAGAUCAAAUAUCCUGAAAAUUUUUUCCUUUUGAGGGGGAACCAUGAAUGUGCCAAUGUAACAAGAGUUUAUGGAUUUUAUGAUGAGUGUAAACGGCGUUGCAAUAUCAAGAUUUGGAAAACAUUCAUUGAUACCUUCAAUACGCUACCUUUAGCCGCCAUUGUCACUGGGAAAAUAUUUUGCGUUCACGGUGGACUAUCUCCUGUUCUAAAUUCCAUGGAUGAAAUUAGACACGUCAGCAGGCCCACCGACGUGCCUGACUUCGGAUUAAUUAAUGACCUCCUGUGGUCCGAUCCUACAGAUUCAUCGAACGAAUGGGAAGAUAAUGAGCGUGGCGUUAGUUUUUGUUACAAUAAAGUGGCCAUUAAUAAAUUCUUGAACAAAUUCGGCUUCGAUUUGGUAUGUAGGGCCCAUAUGGUGGUAGAAGAUGGCUAUGAAUUCUUUAACGACAGAAGCUUGGUCACGGUGUUUUCCGCCCCAAACUAUUGUGGUGAAUUCGACAACUGGGGUGCCGUCAUGACCGUUAGUGAAGGUCUUCUGUGUUCUUUUGAAUUGUUAGAUCCAUUAGAUAGCACUGCCUUGAAACAAGUGAUGAAAAAGGGUAGACAAGAACGUAAAUUGGCUAAUCGCUGA